AUGUAUAGUGUUCAUAUGACACCGGGUAGAUCUUCCGAUAGACAGGGAACUUCAAAAAAUGUGGAUACUGAAAUGGGAAUAUAUAGAAAUCGAAGAAAAGAAUCUAUACCCGUUAAGGUCUUCAAUUAUUUGAAAACACAAAUGCAAACAGAAGGAAUUUCAAGUAAGUGAAAUUGAUUACAAUUUUGUUGAAGAAAAUAAAUCAUAGUAAUGAUCACGUAUCAAAAACGACUUCUUAUUAUUUAAUAAACAUUACAUUAUGAAAAUUAGAAAAUUUAUAAUGAAUUAUUUUCUCUUUAUACAUUAGUGCAAGGUUUUAAGCAAAUGUAUUAUUAGACAUUUAAAUUUGUGAUGCUUGUUAUUUAUUUUUUAAUAAAAUAUAUAAUGAUAUACAUAUUUAUCGAGGAUAAAGAAAAUUAACGAAAGAAAAACUUUUAAUUUUGUUCUCUUUUAUUUCUAAUGAAUUUUUUGAAGUAAUCUUUUUAUGAUUAUUAAUGUCUUUCGUCUUUGUUUAUUUAUCCUCGUUUCAUAAAAAAAAAUUGCAUGUUUUUCUAUAUAUGCUAGAUAUCCUUUUUUUUUGCCGGAAUUGUAUUCUUAUAAAUACCAACUUAAGAAAAUCAGAAUCCUACUUUUUUUCGGACUUUUAAUAACAAUAUAUUUUUUUUAAUAAUUAACAUUAAUAUUAACAUUAUAUUAACACUUUCAUUUAAGCGAAAAAAUAGUUUUACAUGAUCGUUAUAACAUAAUGAAUCUUUUUUUUUACAAGAUUAAACAAGAUAAUCUCUUAUUGAUCAUGUUAGACUUUUGAUUAUAUUCUUAAAUAUAUAAAUAAUGUGUAAUUAUCUUUUUUCAUAAUGUGUAAUUACUUUUUUUUAUAAAUUACAUAAUAUCAAUAUCUUUCUUAUCUCUUUUCUUUUUUUGAUAAUGAUACAAUUUUAUGCGCUAUUAAGAAUACAAAUUUUCUUUUAUCGACUUCAAUUUUUAGAAGAAUCAUCUGUUUGACUAUCCAAUGGUUCAGUAUUUAUCACUGAAAAUAAACAAUCUGAAACUUCAAUCUUUAAAUCUUCACAUAUAUUUACAUCCUUUUCGGUUGUCAUUUCGUAAUUUGAGUAAUUAUUCGGCCAAACUUCGGAAAUCGAAUCUUCACUUUCCACAAUUUCACUUUUCGCGUCAUCCGCAACUGAUUCUCUUAUAUCAGAAUUACUAUUUGACAUCGGUGUGUAUAGUAUCCGGGAUUCAUCUAUAGUUUCCCUAAUUUUAGUUUGUAAAUUAGCCAUUCGCAUUCCGGACGAAGUAUCAUUGUAG